CUCUUUUGGCAAUAUAUGACAAGAAACAAAUACACAUCAUAUUAUCAGCAUCCAGCAAUCAACGAGCGAUCAAAACGGAGAAUGGAGAGUUUCUUGUACUGCUGCUGAGUUCGGUCACUGCAUCUGUAGUUGUUAGAAGUUCUACAUGCUUUAUUACUGAAGAAACGGGAAACGGGUGUCUGAAAGUGGAAUUUGGAUCAAGCUUGGUCGUGGGUUUCGUCUAUUGUAACGAUGAACGACAGAGAACCACCAGGCAGCAUCUGGCAGACCGUGUAUCUAGUCGGCAAGGUCUGCCUGAGGUUUGUUUACGUCCUGCUGAACAACCUCUACUGCAUCCCAACGUAUUUAUUAUGGAUGAUUCUGCUGCUUCCAUUGAAAAAGGUGAAACCGCAGACGUACUGGAUGCUGGAGGGACUAUUGUUUCGUUGGCUUCUGCUCAUGGUGUCCAUGUGGAUCCAAACCAACGGCUACAAAAUCGUGGAGGUUGGAGAAGACAUUUCGUCCUGCUAUAACCAGGAGUGCAUGGUCAUGGUGAAUCAUCAGUCGUCGUCGGACGUGCCCAUGCUCUUUGCAUGCUUGUCGGAGAAAGCGGGUGGAAAGCUAGUUGAGGAUAUGAUGUGGUUAAUGGACAAGUUGUUUAUGUGGACCAACUUUGGUGUUGUAUCUCUCAUCCACGGAGACUUCUUUAUACAGCAGGGAAAGCAUGGACGAGAGAAUCAGCUUCAGUUGCUAGAGAAGCAUUUAAAUGAUGUGUAUCUUCCCCAAGGAAGGAAGUGGCUGGUCCUUUUCCCAGAGGGAGGAUUUCUAAACAAACGACGAGAGAGAAGUCAGAUGUUUGCCAAGAAGAAUAACCUACCACACUUGGAGUUGGUUGCUCUUCCUCGUGUCGGAGCAAUGGCUACAAUACUAGACAAACUGGCACCAAGGAAGACAACGGAAAACCAUGCCGUGCUGAAAUCAACGGAAAUGAAUGCGGUUCCAGAGAACAAGCGUAUGAAGUGGCUGGUCGACAUCACGGUUGGUUACUCCAACCCGCAGCAGCCCCUCGAUCUGCUGAACGUCUGCCUAGGCAUCCAGCCGCCGUGCACGACGACGAUGUACUACCGACGUUUCCCCGUAGAUGACAUACCUCGCGAGAUGCACGCGCUCACAGAGUGGAUGUACGACAGGUUCGUCGAGAAGGAGAAACUGCUGAGUCACUUCUACAAGAUGGGCGUGUUCCCUAGCAACCCGUCACCGCGCUGCCGCCUCAUGGACACGCCGCGCACGAUCCGCUACAGCUACCGGCACCUCAUCGCGAUACACGCGUUCUUCGCUUGCUCCACCUACGUUCACUACUGCGCGAUCGCGUGCCUGUGCCGCUACGUCGCCACACACGUGCACUCCUGAGGCGCGGACGCCCGCCCGCGGCCGGCGCACCCUGGCGGCGGGCACGUCGCACCCCGUGAACCGUCUUUCGGUGUUUUCCGGUGUUCCUGAAUACUGGUCUGACCGACGGCAGGCUCGAUGGGCGAGCAUUGGUCCACACGUGCACGUGCGAGUUGCGGUUACGACGAUGCCCCCAGUUCACGACACGUUUCACGAUUUCGGGCCACGAUGCAAUGCGCGCCGAUACGUAUCGCGGUGUUUCACGAUACGAUACUAAAACAGUCACGAUGUGCGACGAGUGGCCGCUCUUGCUGAAAUACGUAACGAUAACAAUCGUCUAGCUAAAUGCGGCAACUGUGCACGCGUGUUAUGUGCGCGCCUUUCGGGAAACGUCGUUUAAUUUCGGGGAAAAUAGAAUAAGAAUCUAUGAGGCACAUAGUGAUUAGAUAGUGAAUAUGGCAUCAUCAAAUUAGCGUGCUCCUUUUACCACAUGAAAACAUGCACAGCACACCCGCCUCAGAUUUUUACAGCCUAACGACGGCAUCGAGUGGUCACAUAACUUGAAUUUUUUGGCUUAUUCCGGCAUAUCGAUACUCAUGUGAAGCUCUAUCAUGAAUCGUACUGUGGACAUCGUGUCGUGAUUAAUCGUGGCUUGACUAGUGCACGUGUGUGAGCAGACUGAUGUUCACAGCAAGUUCUGGCCUGGUGCACCCGCGUGGUGUGCGCGCGUGUGCAAUCAUGUAGAACAUAGCUCUCUUGUGGCUUUUUUGUUUCUAAUCCAAGGUCAUAAGGUACCACAUCGAAGAUAAAUGGUGUCAUUGGACACUUUCGAUAUUUAGGGUAGAGUAUGUAGAAUAAUGAAAACAUUAGAGCGGCAUAGCAUGUCAAAACGCCCACCUACACUGGCUUCUGUUUGGGUUAAACUAAUAUUUUGUAUUAAGUAUACCGGGAGAACUAUGUGCUUUGCACUGUGCGUGCAUAUAUCUAUUGUCGUGCUUUAUUUCUGAGAAUAAUGGAGCAGAAUGUGGCAAUAAUUAAUUCUGAAUGGAAGGUCAUGUAUGGUACAUAAUACUGUUCUUCUGUUGAUCUCCUGAACUGCCUAUGCACAAGCGAUGGUAGUUAUUUAAUUGUCGCGUUUGUUAAGUCAAAUCAUUUUAGUCAUAUUUUAGUAGUUAUAUUUUUAAGUAUCGCAUGCUAACAGCUGCUCUACUGUUGUUGUUUAUUUUCUCGAGUGCAGGGCUGAAUUUUAAAGUUUGUUGUAUGUAUAAAAUUUCUGAUGUUUUUCUAAUUUUAGCAUACAAGCUAUUUAAGAAGUAACCACUCGUGUUGAGAUUAAGUUUCGUGUUGGGUAGUUAUUUACUAUGAUGAUAUAUUUCCCUAUUGGGAGUUGUAACGACUAAGUCAUAAUGAGCCCUAUGAUAAUAUAUACAUCAGAUAAUUGUUAAGUCGCAUCCUCCUUAUUCAGAGAUGUUAGGCGAUGAAAGAUACCUCUUCUGCCCAACUUGCCUCUUUCUCUCCCUUCUCUUCUUUUUUCCCCUUCUGCUUCCCUCGGCAGCACGUCUGCGGGUUUCUUGAGUUGUGUCCCUAGUUGAUAUAUGACAGAUAGUAAUGCUGUACGUUAAAAUGUGACUGAAUCCCUAGAUUAUAUGGAAAUACAAUGUAUUUUAAGGUGCCAGUGUCCCUAGGUGAUAUAGGACGGCCCUUAGUGCUGACAGUACCCGUGUGUUAUUCUUCAUCAUAUAUAACACAUGCGUUAAUUAAUGCUGUAAAGUUCUUCAUACGUUAUCACUAGACCGUGUAUGCCAGAAGUAUUUAUCGCUCAAUGUCUCCUUAUGUAGUGUACUGACCACAUAACCGUUUUACAAGCUUCCAAAGUGGUUGCAGACUUUUAUUUUCGAGUAGUUAUUGACUGUGCACGCUCUCUAACUGUUGCCACAGCGUGUGUUGAACGCUGCUUACCGUACAGAUCACGUAUUAGAUUAGUAAUAUUCCAUGCUAUCUGCAUGAACAUUUUAACUGGCAUGUCAAUCAUAGACAUUUUUUAUGCAUCACCAUAGUCAAACAUGGCCUAAAUUUAUUUGUAUUCAUUCGAUUAUGCUGUUAUACCGUACCUGCAUUAAAAUUGCAGUUUUAUUAUUAUUAGCAUGGAGUCAGCAAGUGGUGCUUGAUAAAAAUUCUCAACCUCAUUAAACCUGUACUCUGCAACCAUGAAUGUAUCUAUACUCUAUAGUAUAGAUAUGUUCAUGUUAUAACGUUCUGAUAGUAUUGUGCAUUUGCACGAAUUAUGAGCCGUAGCCAAUGUUUGUUAGUAAUUAAUUUUAAGAGAAAUAAGAUUCUCAAGCUAACUAGGCAAGUGCUACAAAUGUAAAGGAGGCUCAGAAAUAUUGUGUGUGAUAAUAAUUCGAUAUAUCGUUUGGCAAGAUGUGAUCAGGAGUCUAUCAAUAAGAUGAUCACUAUUGAUAGACUCCUGAUGUGAUUGUAUAUUUGGUCGGAUAGUAAUAUAUUUAUUGUAGUUAGGCGUUGUUGUUGAACAGGUGUCGUGGAUCCUGAACGUGGUUGUUAUGUGAUAUUUCCAUCCGAGUAAUCUUGUUUAGUUGAUAAAUGUCGACCAGUGUAAUGUGAGACAUGUAGUGUGUCCGCGUUGAGUUAUGUUGAUCUACCAACCAAUACCGAUACCUUUUAUUUGAAUUAGGAAACCUGGAUUGUCCGUUUAUAGCAUUCUCCUGCCAAACAAUGACAUGCACAAGUAUUACCGAUUGAGUUGCUGCUGCCCCACCACACCCUCUCUCUAUUACUACCAUUUAGCUUCUUCAGUGCAUAUAUAUAUAUACAGAGAUGCCAACCACUACGAUUUAUCCGUAUUUUAUACGAAUUUCGUUUGCAUUUUGACCUCUACGACCAAUUUGCAUACAACUAGGAUUUUUAUUACGAUCGAAAAAAUUAAUUUUUAUGAUAUUUCAAA